ACCUGCACCGAAUCACUUCCACUCUGAGCUGACCAUACCCGCCUUAUUCAUUUCUUGGUUGCAGUCAACAAUUUUCUCUUAAAGCGAAACCGAUGGCCGAGGAGAAGGAAUCGACGUCGAUUCCACUCAGCCAAGCCGAGAAUGCUGCCGACGAUCCAGAGGAUCCGGUCAAGUCUCCACCUAGCUCCCCUAAUUCCUCCACUCGCAAGGCUUGUUGUUUUGUCCUGCAAAGCUGGGUCUCAAAGAAAUUCAUGACUGGAUGUGUGGUGCUUUUCCCUGUUGCAGUUACAUUCUUUGUUACUUGGUGGUUUAUUCAGUUCGUUGAUGGGUUCUUCAGUCCAUUAUAUGAACAACUUGGCAUCAACAUAUUUGGUCUUGGAUUUAUCACAUCUCUUCUCUUUGUAUUCUUUGUUGGCGUUUUUGUUUCCUCGUGGUUGGGUGCUGCUGUUUUCUCAGUUGGAGAAUGGAUUAUAAAGAGAAUGCCCUUUGUUAGGCAUAUAUAUUCAGCUUCCAAACAAAUUAGUGCUGCAAUAUCUCCAGAUCAAAAUACAACAGCAUUUAAGGAGGUAGCUAUCAUCCGUCAUCCACGUGUUGGUGAAUAUGCAUUUGGCUUUAUCACAUCCACUGUAACCCUUCAGAGAGAAAAUGAAGAUGAAGAGUUAUGCAGUGUUUUUGUCCCAACAAACCAUCUAUACAUUGGUGACAUCUUCUUGGUUAACGCCAAAGAUGUCAUAAGGCCAAAUCUCUCCAUCCGGGAAGGCAUUGAAAUCAUUGUUUCAGGAGGCAUGACAAUGCCACAAACAAUUUCUCCUGUGGAAAGGGUUGAUCGGCAGAAUGAAAGAAUUCAACUAAACAGAAUAAAGUAAUACAUGUGGAAUUUGAAUGUCAGCUACAGCAACAAUUUGUAAGGAGUUGCAGCAAUGAACCACACGAGUCAGGGCGUUUCAGUGACUCUGCCUUCGCUGAAAAAACUUAAGCAACCAUGGUGCAGCAACUCUGUACAUACUUUGCAAUAAUUGUAGCCAUGUCACGUACCAGUCCAGCAUCAAUGCUAACAACCCCUGUUAGCAGGAGCAGGGAAUUGCAGUUUAUUGUUUUUGUUGGUAUAAGUUUCUAUAUGUUAAUCGAUGGAUAAUAUCCUUCAUCUAAGAAUCUUGCUUUCCAGUUUGUGUUCGCAUUAAAGUUUGUCUCCAUUAAAAUUUACCGUGAAUUUAUUAAUGACAUUUAACUUGCUUCUCUUAAUUUCUAUAUUUAGUCACUUUUCAAUAUGAUGACUAAACUCUAAAGACGGGUAGAAUUGUUAGGCCUGUUUUAAUCCUUGAGCAGGAAUUUGAAUACUCAGCACUUUACAACCAUUCCAAACGCACCCUAAACAAACUGUAAUCCAACCUCCUUUUGCCCUUUAGCACCCCAAAUUGAAACCCCCGACAAAACCCUAGACGCACGAACCCCCCGCAAUAGUAGAGUUAUCUCAUACGAGAUUCUUUCACCCAACGUUUCAAGGUUGCAGUCGAAAACCUUGAAGCGCGAAAUCUUCACGAGGUCUCAAUGGAUUUUGACGAAUACGAGUACUUAGAGAAAACCGUGGAAGAAGAAGAU